AUGGCAAGUCACGGCAUCCCCCGCGUUUCCGGCGGGACACCAGACAAGAGCGAGCAGGCACGCGAGAAGGAACAGAAGCAGAUCGAGCAAUACAAAGCUCUUGAGAAGAGUGUGGUUGAGCGAGUGAGGAGUAAGGACUACAGUAACGACACCUUCCAAGCGACAUCACAACUCCUGACCCAGAACCCCGAGUACUACACGAUAUGGAAUUACAGACGGCUGCUCUUGCAAGAUGUCUUCGCCAAGGAGCAGGACAGGAAGGAGCAGCCUGAGACUAAAGACAUAGAGGCUGCGGAGAAAGAAGGUCUAACUCCGCCACAACGAGAGAUUUCGCUUUUGAUCAAGGAGGACCUGCAGUUUCUGGUACCGCUCCUCAAGCAAUACCCGAAAUGCUACUGGAUAUGGAACCAUCGCUCCUGGCUACUUGGUACCGCUACAAGGCUCUUACCACCUCGGAACUCCUCCGAGCUGUGGCAAAGUGAGCUGGGACUUGUGAGCAAGAUGCUCAGCCUUGACAGUCGUAACUUCCAUGGUUGGGGCUACAGACGUGAAGUAGUGGCAGAAAUAGAACGCCUGAGCGCGAGUUCCAUGGUGGAGAAGGAGUUCGGGUACACGACUAAGAUGAUCCAGACGAACCUGAGUAAUUUCAGUGCCUGGCACUACCGCUCACAGCUCAUUCCACGACUUCUGUCUGAGCGACAAGCAGACAGUGAAGCUCGACGAGCAUUCUCCGACGCAGAGUUCGAAUUAAUCACCAAAGCACUCUACACGGACCCGUACGAUCAAAGCUUAUGGUUCUACCACGGCUAUCUCAUGUCGACACUAAAUCCAGCCAACGCGCAAGCACCACCGAUACUUGAUCCAUGCACUAACGCUGAGCGGCUACAUUACCUUGAGCAGGAAAUUGAGAAUGUCAAAGAUAUGCUCGAUGGUGCUGAGGACUGCAAGUACAUCUAUCAAUCCCUACUGGAGCUGUCAGAACGCUAUCUGGAAGUCGAGGCUGGUAACAAAGUCGUGAUCAGCCAAGAAAUGAUGGCAUGGCUAAUUGAGUUGCGCAAGAUUGACCCGCUACGGGUGGGGAGGUGGAGAGAUCUGGAGGUGAAGCUGAAGUUUUAG